UGCUUGUUGAUCCGAAAAUCUCAACGAAAAAGUGCAUUCCUUACAUUUACGAUAACAUUUAAAGUACAUAAAUAUAUACAUGAAAGAAAUAUUAAUAUGCGUAGAGCACGGCAGUGAAUCAGUCGACAUUCGACAUUCAAGUCAAAAAUCGGAAGUCACGUUUGGGUUUAGACGUAUAGUUGUACUUUGCUCUCAAGAGAUCUCUCACACAUCAGAGAUGUAAAAUCAAUAAGCCGAAGCCGGAACAGUGUUAUUAAGAGUAAUCCUCAGAAAAAUACUUAUUUACAUGUGCAUACACUAUUAUACCCAGCAGUGUUGAUAAGUGAAUGUGCAUUUGUGUUUUCAAUACGUCUUAUGAACAUACUAUGUAUGUACAAAACAAGUAAACAAGUACAAAACAAGUGUAUAUUGUAUAGUGCAGUGUAUAGAUAUAUUAUAUAUCACGUGUGUCGCUCACGUCUCGUCGCACACACGUUGCAGUAUAAUUAGGCAGUUUAUGCUGAGCUGGGCUUCGCGGACGCUCGUAGCCGCGAUGUCCACGAUGACGAGGAAGCCCGAAGUGUUGUUCGUGCUCGGUGGCCCUGGAGCCGGCAAGGGUACCGUUUGCGGCAAAAUCGUCAAGAAAUACGGCUACGUGCAUCUCUCGGCUGGUGAUCUGCUGCGCGAGGAACGCGCCAAGCCCGGCUCCAAAUUCGGGGAGCUCAUCGAGAGUCACAUAAGAAACGGCACGAUUGUGCCCGUCAAAAUCACCUGUAGCCUGCUGGAUCGGGCUAUGCAGAACUCGGAGGUAUCCCACAACAAGUACCUCAUCGACGGCUUUCCUAGGAAUCAGGACAAUUUAAAGGGAUGGACUCAGGAUAUGGCAGAGAAAGUUGACUUGAAAGGAGUACUUUUCUUUGAUGUAAGUGAAGAAGUAUGUACGAAGCGUUGCCUUGGAAGAGGUGCCACCAGUGGACGGAGUGAUGACAAUUUGGAAUCAUUGAAGAAGAGGCAUCAUACCUAUAUCAAUGAUACAAUGCCUAUUGUUGAUCAUUACAAAAAGUUAGGACUUGUAUAUACCUUUAAUGGUGAAAAAUCACCAGGAGCAGUAUUUAAAGCUGUAGAGCAAGUUUUGACGAAAAUAGGCUGGUAAUUUAUGACACCAAUUGUAUUCUGUUUGUAUAAAUUUUAAAGAAAGUACACAAGUAAUGCAGCAGUAAUUAUUGUUUUUAGAUUUUUAGUCAAGUAUAAUGUGGCUUUUUUACGUUUUUUUUUUUUUUUUAUUUUGUUAGCAAAGAGAGAACUCUGCUAGUUUUUGACAUUCCUUAUUAUUGUGUGAAAAUCCGUUGCAAAUGUUGGAUCAAGUUCUGAUAAUGUAUUUUAAAAACUGGUAUAUAUAAGUGCUUAUUUUUUUAGUUGAUUUCAACACUUUAUUGUACGAAUGAUAUUUCUAUAAAGUCAAUAAUUUGUCUUUAUAAUUGUUGCAAAAAAAGUCGAUUUGAGCUUUUGUAAUCAAACAAAUGUAAUAAAACGAGCAAACAGUAA